CGGCACCGUGGCUGAAGCCGGCGGCGGCGUGGUCCCUGGCUUUGCUCAGACUCCGAGGGUCUUUUCCAGAAAGAAGCGAUCAGGGAGGCCCCCACCCAUCUCUCCCCGCACCGCCUACGGUUCUCCCAGCGGCUCUCCCUCCUUCCCCUCCCCGUGUUCGACAUGCUUUACCUGAUCGGCCUGGGCCUGGGAGAUGCCAAAGACAUCACAGUCAAGGGCCUGGACGUUGUCAGAGGCUGCAGUCGAGUGUACCUGGAAGCCUACACCUCAGUCCUCACUGUAGGCAAGGAAGCUCUGGAAGAGUUUUAUGGAAGAUCGCUGAUUCUUGCUGACCGAGAAGAGGUGGAGCAGGAAGCAGACGCCAUCUUAAAGGGUGCUGAUGUCAGUGACGUCGCGUUCCUGGUGGUCGGUGACCCGUUUGGGGCAACAACACACAGUGACCUUAUUCUGAGAGCCACGAAGUUGGGGAUCCCUUACCGAGUCAUUCACAAUGCCUCCAUCAUGAAUGCUGUAGGCUGCUGUGGGUUACAGCUGUAUAAGUUUGGAGAGACGGUGUCUAUCGUUUUCUGGACGGACACCUGGAGACCGGAGAGCUUCUUCGACAAGGUGAAGAGGAACAGACACAGCGGCGUGCACACGCUGUGCCUGCUGGACAUCAAAGUAAAGGAGCAGUCUCUGGAAAAUCUAAUGAAGGGAAGGAAGAUCUACGAACCUCCUCGGUACAUGAGUGUCAAUCAAGCAGCCCAGCAGCUCCUGGAAAUCAUUCAGAAUCACAGAGAGCGUGGAGAAGAACCAGAAGUCACCGAAGAGACACUCUGUGUUGGCUUGGCCAGGGUUGGAGCUGAAGACCAGCAGAUUGCGGCAGGCACCUUACAGCAGAUGCGUACUGUGGACUUGGGGGGACCGCUGCACUCCCUGAUUAUUACGGGGGGCAGCCUGCAUCCGCUGGAGAUGGAGAUGCUGAGUCUGUUCUCCAUACCAGAAAGCAGCUCAGACUCUCAAAGCGUUAAUGGACGCUGAGCGUGGGCAUUGUCUGUUGUCCCGCGUUCACCUCAUUGGACCCUAGAUGGACACAUGUUCGUGUGACAGAAAGUGGCUCCUUUGGUUUAUCUAGUAAGUGACAGAAACAACCAGGCUGGCCCGCGGAGCCCCUCUUCCUCUGUAGCGGUAUUUCUCUGUCACCCCCUCGGUGGAGUGACACCCACCGGGAAGCUGUGACGGCCCCUUCAGCCUGCAGAUCUGUGCAAAACCUGUUUGUACUGAGUGUCACUUCGCGGGAACUGCAAUGUGAAUCAGACCAGAGUGGCAAGAAAAGCAAAUAAAAGAUUGCUAACUGUU